AUGGCAGAGGAAUUGACAAACGAGGUCAGGAUGUGGACCGUGCGCGAGCCGUAUCAUAUCCUCUGCUCCGACGACGAAGGCGAGACGGUGGACGAGAAUGGUGCUCCGGUGCGGGCCAAGCGCAAGAUACGGCCCACUCGACGCGUCCCGGCCUACUUUCAAAACUUUUUGCGCGAAUGCGACCGUCCUGGCAUGCACGGUUCAUCAGCCUCGUCGACGACCCAGACAUCGACCCCAUCGACCAGCGGUGGCACCGAGUAUCCGAAGAAGACGCGUCUCUUCAAUACACAAAACAUGGAGUAUUUCCUCCCCAGCGGCUGUGGAAAUGGCGCAUGGCUCGUCGACAUGGCAUACGAAUUCCCGCAUGUAGAUUUCCUCGGCGUCGACCUUAUUCCGUGUCCAGCGGCCGACGCACCUUCAAAUGUGUCCUUUGAGAUUGACGAUAUUAAUCAUGGGCUCGAACACUUUGCUGGCAAAUUUGAUCUCGUGCAUGCGCGCAUGAUCUCGUUUGGCAUUAAGAAUUACCGCAAGACUAUGGAAGAGAUUUCUCGAUGCGUCAAACCGGGUGGUCUUGUCAUUCUCAUGGAAGCGGACAUGGAACUGCUUGGGGUCGAUCGGAUGACAGUCCUUCCCAUGGCCUUGACCGAGCGCGAGAUGCUUGAUGCUCGCGCAGAAGCCAGGAUCAGUGGUCCCAUCCCCGGACUCUCCAACGACGAUGAGGAUGAGACAUCAGGAGUUGAGAUGCGUGGAUCGUGGCUGCAAAGGCUUCUCUACGAAAUGCGCUAUGCCACGAGGCUGAACGGGAGCGAUUUUACAUGCGCAGAAGAUGCUGUCGACGAGGGUCUUUGGCGGAUGCAUAUAUUUGACCCAGAUACAUGCGGCGCGUCGAGUCUGUAUAUCCCUAUCACUCCCUGGCCUCAAAUGCGCGAUCAAGCCCUCAGCCAGCAGCUCAAAUACGCCGGCUCGCUCAUGCGUCAGGACAUUUAUAACGCAUUGCGUGCAACCCAGCCACUUUUCCGCAAGCAUGGUGUUUCACAAGCUGUGAUCGACCAGUGGGUCGCAGCCGCGGAUUACGAUCUAAUGGCCGAGACGUUUCGGGCAUGGGUCCGAUUCCGGAUCGCGUGGGGUCGAAGACGCAGCUCUACCUCGCUGUCAAAUAGCCCUCCGCUAGCAUCUUUUCCACAAGAUGAGAAGGAAAAGGAUACUGUCCCAAACCAUCAAGUUGAAGUGUAUCAGACACUCCAAGAGUCGAUGAUAGCCAAAGCGCUGCGCAUGUCGUCACGCGUCUCAAAGCCGAUCCCAUUCCUUGCCCAGCUCGCGCAAGGAAAGAACAUCAGUUUGUGA